CCCUGAGGAUUGCGCACAAGACAGUCAGUGAUCUGCUUUCAACCGUUUAACACCGCAGAGUCCCAGCCGCGACGGCAGACUGGGAGACCGACUCAAUCUGAGCGACUUGUCGAGAUAAUUCGUUUAGAAGGGUAUUAAUGAUCCAAACGUAGCUUUCUCAGUCACACGGUUUCACCUCAAGAGCCCCACGUCUUGUGAUCGGACACUAAGAGCCCCGCAAGGAUCGUUACGCACAACUUUUACGCACAGCCGGGACUUGAACAGACCUCGAUGCGCUUUCCAUCUUACCAGCAAUACGGAUUACACUACCACUUAUACUCGCACAGGUGUGAUUAUGGAAAGCGUCCGAACUGCAGGAAUGGAUGAAAGGACCCCCUUCUUAACCUACUGAAGCAAAACCCAACCGCACGGACGCAGGGAACUUGCCUGGAAUAGCGUGCAGCGCCGGGUGCCAAAAUGAGCACGCACUGGCAGAGCUGGAGGAUCUUACAGAUAGUCUUUGCAACAAUUACAGCAGUCAUUACACAAGAUUUGAGCAGUAAAGAACUGACCGACAACAAGAGCCCAGUGCCUUUCCCUGUCUUCUUGCCGGUCAGCUACGAAGUAAAGGAUGCCGACUACCUCUUCCUAAAAGAGGCUGGGCAGGACUUCAUGAGGAACUCCAGCAUGCAGAGUCACAUCCAGCCCUUUGUUAUUUUACGAGCCAGCCGCCAGCCGGCGGUCAAUGCCAGCUAUCGCACCAUGUCCGCAGAGAAACUCGUGCCUCUAGAUAUGGUCCAGUCUGUGAAGCUCUUCAAUGCACCAGAGGUCUUUACCUUUAACUGGAAAAUCCAGGCCUUUGUCCUGACGCCUCGGGUUUUCUCCUCCAAGCCCAAAGUCAGGGUGCUCUUCUAUGUUGCAGGCAGGGAUUGGAACAGAGGGGAAGGCGCGCUGGAUGAGCUACCAUGUGUGACGGUGUAUGCGUUCUGGCAAACCCAGGAGGUGAGGGGUUCCUGUGCCAUAGGAGGUGAGAGGGGGACCUGCAUGGCCGAGCUGGUUCCUACGCCUGGCUGGUUUGCUCCAGGGUCAGAGGGCACCAGUAGAGAGAGGCAGGAUCCAUCUGCUGGGAACCCUGUGGAGCUGUACUACCAGGCUCAGCCAAAAGUCAGAGGGAAGUGCAAUUCUGUGGAUGGAAGUCGGUGGGGGGGUUCACAGCAGCAGGCAGAGUUUAUUCCUGUCACUCCCAUGCAGAGGAUUGGAAGCGUGCGUCUUCUGCAGGUGCCUAAGGGGAUGGCAACACUUUCGCGCCUCAAGCUCGGCAAUGCCAUCGUCAUACGGACAUCCUCCAAACCUCUAAAGAAGACUGACAUCGCCACCUUCUACAUACUCAUGGCCAGCUCUGCUCAGCUGACUAACUUCACUCUCAGAGCAACAGUAAGGAAAGGUGUGACCUUUCGAACAGUAACACCCAGUAACUCUUUACUGUGGGACAUCACUCUGGAUUUGAGCGCGGAUGGAGCCAUCGCUGUCAUUUGUCAGAGAAAGGCUCCCAUACCUGGGAAAAGGCUUGAAAGCAGUUUGUUGGAGGUACUACAAAUGGAUUUUGAAGUUGAGGAAUUGAGCAGCCCUCUCGACAGCCAGGUAAUCAUAUGGAAGCUGGAGCUGCCAUCCACAUCCAAAAAUGGAGUCAAGACUGAAGGAGCCAUGAGGAUCUAUACCACUCAGAGAGACUUUGUCGGCCUAGCUCCUCUCGUAAUGGACACGGAGAUUCUGAACACCGCUGUGCUGACGGGAAAGAAGGUGGUGAUGCCUGUGAGGACGGUAGCUGUGGAGGAAGAUGGAGUAGUCACGGAUGUGUCUGAUUACACAGACUGUAGCUCCACUGAUGAAGACGUUCUCAAGGUGUCCGACAGGUGUGACUAUGUUUUCGUAAAUGGAAAAGAGGUUAAGGGGAAGAUAAAGAUGACGGUAAACUUCACCUACAGCUACCUGAGUGCUCAGCUCGAACUGAAUGUGUGGAUGCCCCGGCUUCCUCUCCAGAUUGAGGUGUCAGACACAGAGCUGAGCCAGAUCAAAAGCUGGAGGGUACCCAUCCUCACCUCAAAAAGAACUGGCUGGAACAGUGAUGAAGACGAUCGGAAGGGGAAGGGCUGUAUGCUGCAGUUUCAGCAUGCCCUUGUGAGGGUGCUAACCCAUUUCAUGGCAGAGCAAGAAGACCCCCGGGAUCCAAAGGCCUAUUUCCUGGGGUCUGAUUGGCAGGUGGAUGUCACAAGGUUGGUUCGAUACUUCAUGAAGGUGGAGGACACUCGAGUGGCAAGGCUACAGGCAGGAAGAGUGCUGUCGGGGAAAGACUUUGGGACCACUGCCAUCCAGGUGUUUUCUCCACUAUCUGAUGCCAUCUUGGCUAAAACAACUAUCAGAGUUGUGGAUGACAAAGUGACCAUCACAGAGCUGGGGGUUCAGCUGGUUACAGGGCUCUCCAUGACAUUACAGCUCAGUGCAGGAAGCAACAGGGCCAUCUUGGCUGCCACAACCACACAGGAGGUGCUACAGAGUCCCAAACAGGAAGCUUUGGUCAGUGCCUGGAUACAAUUCAGUGAUGGCAAUCAGACACCUCUUGACAUUUAUGAUCAAUCCUUUUUCCGUGUGACGGUGACCUCUCUAGAUCAGGGAGUGGUGUCGGUGCAGGGCACGCCACCAGCUGUGGUGGCAGAAGGAGAGGGCGAGGGAGUCUUGGUCAGAGUAGAGAUGUCCAUCUGUGAGGCCUGUCAGAAGUCCAAACGCAAAAGUACUUUUGCAGUAGGCAACGGCACCCUCAAGGUCAAAUUUCAAGCGAACACUAAGCGAUCAGAUGGAAUAUUUGACAGCAGUACUGUUAGCAACAAGGAAACUGACUAUGGGAACGAUGGGGAAGAAGUGGAGCGUCAGAGGAAGCAGAGAAAGCCAUCCCAGGAUGCUUCACCACGCAUGCCGAACUCAGACAGAGAAGAAAGUGCCAUGCAGAAGAUCACGACCACCAUCAAAUCUACAGAAAGAACCCUGAUAACCAGCGGUAGCCUCGGAGGAGUGGGUAAGACCAGUAAUUCAGGAAACCCUGGGAGUCCUACUACUGUGGCUAAUGUCAGCCUAAUGAGCAGCCCUGGUGAGAACAGCAAAGGAUACGGGUCAGACAACAUGAUAGUGGAGGAUAUGAGCAGCAUUAGCUUCACCAGCACGAUGAAAGUUCCCAGGAAUCUGGUAAACUCCAACAACUUCCCCACCAAGGUGGAGACCCCUGGGCAGGGGACGACAGAAAUAGAAGUUGGUGGUGAAGACGUUUUGGCAAACAGGCCUCUAACAGACUUGGAGAUUGGCAUGUAUGCUCUGUUGGGUGUCUUUUGCCUGGCCAUCCUGGUUUUUCUGGUAAACUGUGUCUCAUAUGUUGUUAAGUUCAGGCACAAGAAACCGCCCUCUCACGGCCAGGAACCCACAGGCCACAGGCACGACUGGGUAUGGCUGGGCACAGAUGCUGAGCUGGUGAUGAGCGUGCCGGGCAGCCCGGUCCAGCAAGACUCCCAAACUACAACCACUGUGAUAGACAUUGGGCCUGAUAAGACUGGCUCUCUUUCCAGGAGGCCCAGUUGUCUGGCCUCUGUCACAGAUUCUCCCCUCAGUUGCGUAGGCUCCCUCAGAGGCAAACCGAUGCCCACAGAGUCCCUCCACUCGCCCACCAGCAAGAGAAAGAGAGUCCAGUUCACAACCUUCUCCACACUAGAGCGCCAGCAUUCACCACAUCUCCCACCCAGAGAGAACGGCCAUGGCAUCCAUUGGGUUGGAAAGGAGGACAGCUGUGGGGAGGAACCUCAAGUGCCCAUCACAGAGCCUGGGGACCAGUUAUAAUAGAGAACCUGAUCAGACCUCACAUGUACAGCAGAUGUGGCUUUGAUCACCUCAAUGCCUUUGUCAACUCUGAAAACUGUCGAGAAUUUAUGAUUUUGGAAUUGCCCUCCUCUACAUUUCAUUACCUAUCAAGGCCUUUUACAUGUACAUGUACUGUAUAUUAUUGUUAAUAUUGGAGAGUUAGAUGUGUGUGAUCGUGUUUGAGACGGCCAAUUCAGACGGACUCCCUUUUCACACAAAGCCACCAAAUAUUAAAGCUGCAUGUGGAUAUCUACUUCUAAAUUGUUGCACUCACAUGCUGAUGCAUACAGUACAAAGACACCCAGAGAAAGUGUCUCCAAAUUGAAAAUAUAUCCUAUAUCAUUUGUAAUACAGAGCAUAAUCUGACACUGAUUUCACUAGACAUAUGGCUUUGAUUAAAAUAAUAAGAACCAAAAGGGGUGUUUUCUAUUAUGCAACAUAAAAGAUGUAUUUGUAAUUUUAAGUUGGGUUAAUUUUCAGUUGCUUUUUU